UAUGAUCCGGAUUCGAAAUUUUGAGUCAACCUUUCGUGCUCUUGGCAUAGAGCCUUCUGUUGGAGAUUUCCGACGGUUUUACCAAAUGACGAUAUCCUUGGGGUUCUUUUCUUUCCGUCAACGAGAUGGUAGUCCCAAACUGAUGACUCCUCCCAGGGGUAUGACGAAGUGGAAAAUGAAGUUCUUUUACAUAAAAGCUGCUGCAAUUGUUGCAAAUAUGACGUUUCGGAAUGUGACCGAGACGAUCAUAACAGAGACCAUUGCAGUCCCGAGUUUGAAGACGGUGGAGUGGUUUCUGCGGUUGCAGACCAUUGAAUGGGUGAAGCUGAGCAACACACAGUUGUGGGUGUUGCGCAUGAUGCUGACAAGGAGGAACAAGAAGUUAAAGCCCGUGGUGCGGGAGAAAAGUGGUGGUACGUACUUUUCAUUUGUUUAACUUUCUUAUCCCCGUAUGCUUUACUGACUUGUUCGUUCGCUAUCAGAGGAUGCUCCCUUAUGGAGGAUGUUUGCCUCGGAUUUCCGGGGUCAGGUUGAAACAGUUGUUUGUGCGGAUGGCGAGGAGGAGUUUAAUGUCAUCAUUCGAGAUAACUUCCGGGUGCCUACUGAGGCCGUAUUGGCGGUUGAGUUGCCGCGGGGCAAAGGUAAAUUUAGGAAUCCUUUUUACUUGAUAACAAUAAUUGUUUCACUAACUCGCCAUUUGGAUGGUUUCCAUGCAGGUGAUCUUGGGGCCUUAGGGGACCCUGACGCGAAGGGUGUGCCUAAGAGGCAAGUGGUGAAAGGCGUGCGCUUUCGCCAAAAGAAAAUACCGGAGGUCACUAUUGUGCCUCAUCUGGUGCCGCAGGCGGCAGGUAUCUCUUACUCUUCUUUCCGUAGAUACAAGGAUUAUGUGAUAGUAUCUGAUACCCUUAAGGGUUUGGGUAUAGCUGCGGGUGGAAACGCUGCGGGUUCGCAGUCUGUUGUUGGGAAGAGGCUAGUAGAGGAGACGGCCGCUGGUGCCGGUGGACCGAAACGUCGGAGGUUGCAGUCUAAGAGGAUUGGUCCGACACCAAAGAAGCCUGCGGUUACUGUUGAGCCUCAAGAUGAUGAUUUUUCUAUCUUUGAUGCUCCUUUGUCUCCCCCGCAUACCAGGGAUGUGGGUGCAGGUGCGGGGGUGUCUAAGGAACCUUCAACGCCUUUUGUCAAGGUGGUGCCAGAUUCAACCGCGCAAGCGGAGGGUACUGCGGACAAAACCGCGACCCAGAUUUUUGAUACCGUUGAUUCCUCCAACAAUCUGAUCUCUCCCAAUGAGGGUGAUAAUAUGGAUCUACGGUUUUCGGAUUCUGGGAAACAAAAGGCUGACGCGGAGCCGCGGAAAACUGAUGCUGAGCCGCAGAAGUCUUCUGUUGGUGAGAAGGUUACCGGUUCGUCUGUCGGCGGUGCGGGUUAUGAUGGGCCUCCAAUUCAGCCUAGGGAGUCUGAAUUGGAGUAUUAUUACCGCACCUAUACCCAGGAUCGAAGUACUGUUUAUCACCGACCCCCCUGGACUGUUAUGCAGGGGGGUGAUAUUUCCAACGACCCCUCUGCGUGCAAGGAGAUUCUGAGUGGUCUGGGCACCCCUUUUAAAGUUGAACGUGCCCAUGCCGCACCCCGUGAGCUGCGCAUCAACCAACUUUCUACAAUGCUAGUAGGAAGUUCCAUUAUGGCGAAUGCCAUUUUGGAAGACUACAAGGUUUUGAGCCGCAGGGAAGAAGAAGUUGUUCGCUUGCGGGCCGAAGCUGAAGAGUUGGUAAAGGCUGCUCGUGCGGGUGCGGAGCAGCUUGAAAGGGAUAGAACUGCUUUUGAGAAGCAGAAACAGACGACAGAGUGGGCUGCAACCGCUGAGUUAAAACAGGUUCGUACUCUUGCCAAGUUACUUUCUGAAGAGCGCAAGAGUUGGCAAGAAACUCUUUCUAGUGAGCGUAAGUCGUGGAAAGAAUCUUGCGCCAAGGUGAAUGAAUCACUGUUUCGUGUUCGUCAGGAGUUGACGAAUGUCAAGGCAGCGAACGCUGCUUUGGUCAAAGAAAAAGCUGCAGCUGAGGUGAUUGCAGUUAAGGCGCAGCAGGCAGAGGCCGGGGCCGUAAAGGCGCUUGAAGAGGCCAAGGAAGCGGGGGCUCGUGUUGCAAAAGCCGUUGAGGAGGCCAAAGAGAGGGAGAGCCGCUCUUCUAAGGCUCUUGAAGAGGCGAAUACUGAGCGCACCCGUUUGGAUAAAGUUAUUGCCAGCUUGCAGGCUGAAAUUCAGACCCUGGAGGUCGCGGUCACUGGCCUCACAGCCCGCAUGACUGCAGCGGAAGAGCGAGCCAAUGUUGCCGUUGAAGCCAGAGAUGCUCUGACUUCUUCGUUUCAACAACUGGAGGCUGAUCGUGAGUGGAUGCGGAGUCAAGGCAUCCCAUAUAUUGUUCAGGCUAUCAUGGAUGCUCCUGAAACCGCAACUGGUUUGGAUUUGGUCAAGUAACGUGCACGCGAUGCCGGUUUUAAAGCUGGUUAUAGCCGCUGUGUCAGUCAUAUGAACGUCAUGUCUGAAGGCGGUUUUACCGCAGAGCGAUCCGGGUUUCGUGAUGUGGACACCGAAGGUCGCCUUAACGCGGAUGUAGCCUCCUUUUAUGAUACGUCCCUCUCUUGUGUGGAGAAGUUGGACGAAUGUUUAGAAGCUGCGGAUUACGUUCACCGGUUGCGGAUGCUGUAUGCUGAUGCAGAAGAGGAAAAUCCCGCUGGUGGUGCUCGAGAUGAUGCAGGAACCAGUGGUACAAAAUAGGGUUUAGGUUGGCUAGUGUGCCUCCUUUUUUGUUUUCCUUUUGUAAAUGUUGGAAACUCUAUGUAAAUCCGUUAAGCAUCGCGUGGGUGCUUGAAUUUUUUGAAUAUAAAGUUUGUUGUUCACUUUGUACAAGUGUUUUUAAU